AGUAUUCUCACCAACCAAGAAUUUUACAUUCUGAUGCUAUUCAAAAAGUUGCAGCAAACACAGAUGUUUCUGAAAUGUGGGAGAAAGAUUUGCGCCCUAUCCUGAUAGAAAGAUACUCGGGAUCACCAGGCAAUUAUGUUGUACGACAGCAUAUCAAGCACCGUCUUCAAAGAUUACAGGCUGGUUGGGAAAUUGAAGAAGAUACAUUUCAGAGAUACACACCAUAUGGAUAUCAAACAUUUUCAAAUAUUAUCGGCACUCUCAACCCCUCUGCAAAACGCCAUCUGGUACUUGCUUGCCACUAUGACUCAAAAUUCUUUGGACAACAAUGGCAGGAGAGAGUGUUUGUAGGUGCAACUGAUUCAGCUGUGCCUUGUGCUAUGAUACUGGAGCUGGCACGUGCCCUGGAUAACAAGCUUCAGUUAAUCAAGAUGAGCUCAACGUCAAGACCAGACCUUUCACUUCAGCUCAUUUUUUUUGAUGGUGAAGAAGCCUUUGUCCGGUGGUCCCCUUCCGAUUCCCUCUAUGGAUCUCAACACUUGGCUCAAAAAAUGAUAUCUACUCCACAUCCACCUGGUUCAACCACCACAAAUCAGCUGCAGGGCAUAGACCUGCUUGUACUACUGGAUUUAAUUGGUGCACCAAACCCAGUCUUUCCCAAUUAUUUUCCAAACACUAUUCGAUGGUUUCAGAGGCUUCAAGCAAUUGAGCAAGAGCUACACAACAUGAACCUGUUGAAGAAUCACCUUGUUGAAAGGCAGUAUUUCCAGACUACUUUACAUCGAGGCUUGGUUGAAGAUGACCACAUUCCAUUUUUAUUAAGAGGGGUUCCAGUGCUACACCUGAUUCCAUCCCCUUUUCCUGCAGUAUGGCAUACCAUGGAGGACACAGAAGAAAACCUUGACAGAACCACUAUCGACAAUCUCAGCAAAAUCCUGCAAGUGUUUGUACUGGAGUAUCUAAACCUGUGAUAGACAAAAUGGCAACAAUUCGUAUUCCUUUUUAAAUACUGUUUGCCCACCUCCACAUUUGCUAUUUAAUUGCAUUGGAGAGCAUUAAAGUGAAGCAAA